UCUACCAGCUCCGAGCUUGGGGCCUGGGGGAAGGGGACAGUUGAUGGCCCAAGGAAGAGGCUGUAGAAUGCCACGGGGGUCUUGAUCACUCUUGUAAAGGAGGCUACUUUGAGAAUGGUCUGGAGGCUUGAGGAGAGGAGAAAGGGCUCCCAGGGAAGAGUUUGGGCCAGGGUCUUUGGUGUUGGGGGAGUGGUAUUAGGUUCAGGUUAUGGAAAGAGAAGGCUUGGGAUUUCUAGGUGGCUCCUCAUAGGAGAAGGGGCAGCUGAAGGUAGGGAGCCCUGGUGAAGACUCAAUUCCCUUUGGGCUCUAAAAAUAGACUUCCUGAGACUUCAGUCGCCCUAAAAAAAUCCCAGCACCCCCUUUGGGCAUUUAAUCAGAUAAGCCCCAGGUUCAAAUUCUGCCCCUGCAGUUGCCUUGCUCUGUGACCUUGGGUAAAUGACUUUGCCCCUCUGGGCCUCAAUUUCCUUUUCUGCAAAAUAUGGGGGAGGGGAAUGUUUCCUACUUCUCUGGGUAUUUAUAAAGACUAAAAGAUAAUUAGCUGUAAUAAUAGCUAACAUUGUUUGGGACUGAUUGAUGUCCACGGCUUGGUGGUUCUUUCCCCACUAGUAUAGAUGAGGAAAUUGAGGCCUGGAGCCCCUGAGUCACACAGCAAGUGUUUGGCAGCGUGGCGAAUGGAUGCAGAGGAGAAUUUGAGGGGCUGGGUGGUGGGAUUCUUACCCCAUCCAUUCCCCCCACCAGGGCCAAUUCCCGUCCCCCCAGCAGCAUGGCAUCCUGUGCUGAGCCCUCUGCCGCGGGUCCUGAGCCCGCUGCCCCACCGCCUGCUGGGGUCCCACCACUUGAGGACUUCGAGGUGCUGGAUGGGGUGGAAGACGCAGAGGGCGAGGAGGAGGAGGAGGAGGAGGAGGAGGAAGAUCUGAGUGAGCUGCCACCACUUGAAGACGUGGGGCAGCCUCCACUGGAGGAGGCUGAGCAGCCUGGGGCCCUGGCCCGAGAAUUCCUGGCCGCCAUGGAGCCUGAGCCCGAGCCCGCCCCAGCCCCUGAUGAGUGGCUGGACAUCCUGGGCAAUGGGCUGUUAAGGAAGAAGACGCUGGUCCCAGGCCCACCCGGCUCAAGUCGUCCAGCUAAAGGCCAGGUAGUCACUGUGCAGCUGCAGACUUCGCUGGAGAAUGGCACUCGGGUGCAGGAAGAGCCAGAGCUGGUGUUCACGCUGGGCGACUGCGAUGUCAUCCAGGCCCUGGAUCUCAGCGUUCCGCUCAUGGAUGUCGGGGAGACAGCUAUGGUCACUGCUGAUUCCAAGUACUGCUAUGGCCCCCAGGGCAGCAGGAGCCCAUACAUCCCCCCCCACGCGGCCCUGUGCCUGGAAGUGACCCUGAAGACUGCCGUGGAUGGACCCGACCUGGAAAUGCUCACGGGGCAGGAGCGUGUGGCUCUGGCCAACCGGAAGCGGGAGUGUGGCAAUGCCCACUACCAGCGGGCCGACUUCGUGUUGGCUGCCAAUUCCUACGACCUCGCCAUCAAGGCCAUCACCUCUAGCGCCAAAGUGGACAUGACAUUCGAGGAGGAGGAGCAGCUCCUGCAGCUGAAGGUGAAAUGUCUGAACAACCUGGCAGCCUCCCAGCUGAAGCUGGACCACUAUCGUGCAGCGCUGCGCUCCUGCAGCCUUGUGCUUGAGCACCAGCCCGACAACAUCAAGGCGCUCUUCCGCAAGGGCAAGGUGCUGGCCCAGCAAGGGGAGUACAGUGAGGCCAUCCCCAUUCUGAGGGCAGCCCUGAAGCUGGAACCUUCCAACAAGACGAUCCACGCAGAGCUCUCGAAACUGGUGAAGAAGCACGCAGCCCAGCGGAGCACAGAGACCGCCCUGUACCGGAAAAUGCUGGGCAACCCCAGCCGGCUGCCUGCCAAGUGUCCUGGCAAGGGUGCCUGGAUAGGGCUGGUUCCCCACCAGCCUUCAGGGAUGGAUCUACAACCCAGGCCUGACCAAUCAGAGCGUUCUAGCACCCUGGCCACAGUGAUUGGCUCCACACUGUGACCCACAACGAGCCAAUCAAAGCCUUCCCUGAAACUUCUGGACCCGGAGGAAGUAGAUACUCUUCUACUCUAGAGGAUGCUGAGUUGGGGCUGAUGGCCUGGUACUGCUGUGGUUAUCUUUGUCUCUAUGAAGAGGGUCCUGAGAGUGAAGGCCAUCCAGAGAGCAGAGCUGAGAGAGAGACUGAGUCACGGUGAUCCUAUUCAGCUCCUGGAGCUAGCUGUGCCCCGCCCCAGGUCUAUCAUUUCUUCACUCUUUUGAGCCAAUAAUUGUUUUUGCCUGAGUCAGCCUGGAUUUUCUGUUGCAUGUGGGCAUUUAGAGGAGGGAAGUCUGCUGGGUUGUAUCAGUUUUGUUCUGUGGCCUGUUGUGUCCUCCUCAGGGAGCCUCCCUGACUGGGCAGAGGACAGAAAGGAGUAAUCAUAAAUGCUUGUGGACAGAUGGAUGGGUGAAAGGAAGAAAAUUACCAUGGAGGGGAUCGGCUGUGGCGCCAUCAGAGUCACCUAAGCAUGAAAGUGUUUUAACUGACUUUGAACAUUUUCCAGAAGGUAUAGCCAGCACACAGGCCACCUUUGAGGAAGAGUCUGCAUGGUCAUCACUAUAAACGCUUUCCAGGUAAUGCUAGGCCGUACCUUCUUCAUUGCUCACGGUGAGGAUAAUACAGCUGAUCCAUGAAGCAAAAUGGUGGUUUGGGGACACUUGGAGCCCCACCUGAUACAGAUCAGUAAAGAAGUAACUCAGCAGACCUAGGCUGUCCAAACCCUGCACGUUCCCAAGAAAGGACUGGCCCUCGGUCUGCUCCUGGCAGGUCACAUCUACGUCUAAGUUCUUGGGAUGUCCUGACCAAUAAAAGUGUCUGUUUACCUAAGACCUUGAGCCACACCAGAGAGUCUUUGCUAAUAAUAUACUUUAGGGUGGGGCUUUUAGCCAAAUGGUAUCAACUUGACCUAUGGAGGGGCUGGAGACUGAGGUCAAGCACAUGGGUGGUCAGCCUUCCUCCCCAGUAGAAACUCUGGAUAAUGAGGCUUGGGUGAGCUUCCCUGGUUGGCAGUACUGUGUGUGUGUUGUCGCAAAGGUUGUGACAGGUCUGCACCUGGACGCUUGUGCCUGGUUUCUCCAGGGCUCUGCCUCGCGCAUUCUUCUCCUUUGAGGACUUUAGACUGUCCUUUCGCUGUGAUCAACCAUAGCCACGAACAGAACAGCUUUUCUGAGUUCAGUGGGUCCUUCUAGUCAAUCAUCAAACCUGAGCAUAGUCUUGGGGAUCCCCAACAACAGAUGUCUUUACUCCCUGUCCCAAGAAGGACUGUUAGCCUCCCCGAUGCACAGAUGAGGCCUGAGGGCCUACAAGCUAGACUUGCUGGUUCUGAGAUGCCCAGCUGAGGGGACAGGGAAGCAGGCAUUGGACCCUGAGGCUGCAUGCUGGCUGCCCCACCACGUAGAGGGUCUCUCUCCAAAGUGAGUGCCCUAAUGAGUCCUUGCAUUCUGUCUGCUGCAAAGUAGUAUGUUUCAGAAUCCCUGAGGCUCAUUUGCUGACUGAACAACUGAGUUUGUAGGAGGCUGUGGGACAGGUGUGCAGAGAUGUGGCUCCUAGGGCUAUGGGCUGCAGAAAUUUUAAGGUGUUCCCGAGAUUUCUUAUUCUAUAUCAUCCCGGGACUAGAAGUGGGACAGAUCUCAUUCCUGUGAUUAUGUUAUUGGGCCAACUGACUUUAAGACAUGGGGAUAAUUUGAGUGGGCCUGACUCACUGGCUGCAGACGAGGAAAUCAGAGGGAUUUGAACCAUGAGAGGGGUUCAGCAUUCAACACUCAGAAUUCUCCCUCUCGAUAGAGGGAGGCUUUCUCUUACUGAGAUGGAGGAGGCCAUGUGGCUAGCACCUGAGAGUGGCCCCCAGCUGACAGAAAGGAAAUGGGGACUAUAGUCCUACAACCACCAGGAAAUGAGUUCUGCCAACAGGCUCAAGAAGCUUGGAUAUGGAUCCUUCUCCAGUUGAGCCUCCGGAUGAGGAUGCAGUCCAGCCAACAACUCCAUUGCAGCUUCAUGAGACCUUGAGCAGAGGACCAGUUAAAACAUAUCACUCCCAGGCACUGUGAGAUAAUUUCUGACUCCCAGGCACUGUGAGAUAAUAAAUGUUUAUUGUUUUAAGCCA